AUAAUAAACACAUUUACAUCAUUUUCUUUUAAACGUGAACAACCUUCAGUGUUAGGGACACUGUGUACAUCACAGGUGUGCUGAAGCUCCCGUCCUCUGUUAGACACUGUCCGGGACUUUAUUCCAGUUUCAGCAGAACAUGUGCCAUCUGGAAAUACACAACAAAAAUAAUACAGGAAUAUUAUGUAAUGAAGGAAUAUUAAAACAGUAAGGUUCUGGCCUCUCCACGUCAACAUCUGGGCAGGAUGAAUGGCAAAAUACUGACGCAAUAAUCACCAUUUAUUAUUUAUUUAUAUAACUAAUAGCCUUGAUAUGAACAGCAAAUACUGAAUAUUUACAACACGAGUCGGUCCCGUACUUCAGAGUAUAUUAACACGUGACGCGACCACACAGACUGAGAAAUGCAGCGUGCUGCCUCGCGGUAUCCAGUGCUAGCUUAAAAUAUAGCUAACUGUUAGCUGGAUUAACCUUCUGUAGUAACAGCGGUGUUUGGGACACAACCGUCCGACCACUUAACCACAUUAACAACAAUGAUGAGUGCCAACAUACAGUUUCACAAACAGAAGAACCAGCACCGAGUCCAGAGUCAGUUCAGCACUGUGAUCCUGCUCGUACAGGCAAGAAGGUCCAGUCCGUUCGCUGCCACUGCUAGGGCUGACGUGGAACAGUCCGAGUCCUGGCAGAAACGGGGGCCUAUACAUUUAGAUGAAGAGUUCCUCAUGAUGUUUCUCUGGUGUGAAAAUACUUCGAGUUAUGCUUCCAUUUUCCAUUUAGUAGAGUUGGAGCCGUGUGUCACCAUUAACUCGAUGUGUGUGCGUCAGCCGUGUGCUGAGGAAUCGAUGCCUGUUGUGAAUCGGGUUGAAGAGGUUUGCGUCAUUCAGUGCCACACUGGAGAGGAUGUGAUAUUUUGGUCCACAUGCAGAAUGCCUGCUCAUCAAAGUUAUUUUAGUUCCACAUUUUCCAGUUAGUUUUGCUUUCUGUAUCAUUUCAGGAUUCACUUUUUUCUGUUUCGUUGUAGUUUUAUUUCCCGGCUUACCGCUUCUCUUUGAUUCCUUCGUUGUUCCUGACUUGUUUCAAAAGCUUAACUGAAGCUAAGCUAACUGCUGCUAGCUCCGUUGUUGUAAGCGCCCGACACCCCUCACUGUGAGAAUGUGGGGUUAUGGUGGACCUAAUAUGCACAUUCAGCCUGUUGGAUAAGAUAACAUUACUGCACAUACGCUGAAAACAUGGAUUCGACUGAUAGGUGAUCAAUAUGCAGUAUAAUAACAUCGUCACACCUUUAAAAAACAGGUUUGCAAAGUGCUUCACAGAUACAGGUCACAAAUACUAACGCAGUAACUGUUUUAUGAGGUCAUUAUAUAUAUUAUAUUUAUAUUAUAUAUAUAUUCGUAUGUUGUAGAACAAAUGAUAAACAUGAUGGCAAAAGAAUAUAAAUUGAAAACCAAUUUAGCAAAGAUUUAAAGCAGCAUUAAUGAAUGUUUGGGCAGCAGCUCGGCGGCUUCUUGCAGCUUCUUCUUCUCUGGCAGCGACGCUCUGAGAGCGAACCAGAGCGGCAACAUGGCGUCUGUAAAACCUAAACACUGAGCCGAAGCACGGCAGAGCGCUCUGCGGCUGAGAGGAACCGCAGACCGGGUGCUAAAUCUCUGCAGGUUCGUCACUACAAGCGACUCCUUUCCUGUUGCUGUAAGAAUAUUGAUUAGUGCCGCUUUAAGAUCAGUGGACGGCUGAUCCAGAACUUAUUUUUAGCAUUUACAGGUACUGAAUGUUGAAAUGAAACAUCCGUCGGUCUGUGGGUAUCCACUUUAAAAAGUCCAUAUGGGUCCAACCCAGAAAUCACGUUGGCGGGGGAAAAACCAGUUAGUUCAUUUAAAGUUAAUGUACAGUGUGAAUGAAAGCUGGUGAUGAAAAGAGGAAGUGAAUUCUCUCUGGCAGGCCCUCGCUAAGUCAGCACUUCUGUCUUCUGCUUCUGCCCCCGUGAGUUACUCCUGCUGGUGGACUUUCCCCGCUCCGCUCGUGUGUCAGAGUUUUGAAAAGGACACGGUGCAACUGCAGUUUCAGUGUUAUGAAGCGGAUCACACGGAAUAAGCAGUUCGUCAGCUGCUGUCUCUCUGCUGUGUUUUGUUUGUAUGAGCGGUUUAUCUGAAUGAAAGACAUUCGCUGGUAGGAGCUGCCUGCAGACGUGCUGAGGCUGAAGGAGCGUUGUGCCGUCACCAGGAGGGAGUUGGCGGUGCGUCUCAGUGCGCCUCAUGUUGCCCACAUCAGGCAGAGCUGCGACACUAAGGUGCAGCAGUUGAUGAAAGCAGCGAGGAACGGCACCAAGGACGGCUUAGAAAAGACAAAGUUAGCCAUGAUUCGCAAAGUGUCGUUCCUGCACAGAAAAGACUCCGCAGGUGAGGGAAAGGAUGAUGCAGGUUACCUGGACGUGUCUGUGUGUGAGUUAAAGCACCCUCCACCACAACUCUGCCCCAUGCCAGAGGGGCUCAGCAGUCAGCAGGUGGUCAGACGUCUCAUCCUCAGCUCCAUUGUGCAGAGCGAGAGCAGCUACCUGGACUCUCUCAAGAGGAUCCUCCAGGAGUACCAGCAGCCGCUGCUGGAGGCACAGAGCUGCAUCCUGAACCCCAAGAAGGUGCGUCAGGUCUUCUACCGCCUGCAGGAGAUCCAUCAGUGCCACUCCAUGUUCCAGAUCGCCCUGGCGUCCCGCGUGGCCGAGUGGGAUCACAGCGAGAAGAUCGGAGACCUGUUCGUCGCCUCGUUUUCCAAGUCCAUGGUGCUGAACGUGUACAGUGACUACAUCAACAACUUCACCCACGCCAUGACACUGAUCAAGAAGGCCUGCAUGUCUAAACCUGCUUUCCUGGACUUUCUUAAGAAGAAGCAGGCGUCCAGUCCAGACCGGAUCACUCUGUACGGCCUGAUGGUCAAACCCAUCCAGCGCUUCCCUCAGUUCAUCCUGCUGCUGCAGGACAUGCUGAAGAACACUCCGAAGUCCCACCCCGACCGGCUGCCCCUGCAGCUGGCUCUCACCGAGCUGGAGACUCUGGCCGAGAAGCUCAAUGAACAGAAGCGUCUGGCCGAUCAGGAGGCCGAGAUCCAGCAGCUAGCCCACAGCGCGGGGGACCGCAGCCUCAACAAGCUGCUGAACUCGGAGCAGAGGCGGCUGAUUCAGUGCGAACUGCUGACGGAAAUUGUUUAUGGCGACAAAGGUCAAGUUCUCAAGUCGAAGGAGCGAAAGCUCUUCCUCCUCAACGACAGCCUGAUCUGUGCCAACGUCAACCUGAAGGGUCCCCCUGACAUCAGCAGCCUGGUUCCUGUUGGUCCCAAGUACUCGGUGAAGUGGUCUUGCCCUCUGCUGCAGACUCAGGUGGUGGAGGUGGGACAGGACAGUCUGCAGAGCCGGGACAGUGUCAUCGCAGCCCGACGCCACAGCUCCACCUCCAGCACCUCAGGUAAAGUGUUCCUGGGCCCCCCCAGACUGUACCAGGAGCUGGAGGAGCUGCAGCACGACCUGGCUGUGGUGGAGGAGGUGUCUCUGCUGGUGGGCACGCUCCAUGGAACCUACCAGAAUCUGAACACCACGGUGUCUCAGGACUGGUGUCUGGCUCUGCAGAGGCUCAUCCGUCUGAAGGAGGAGGAGAUCCAGAACGCCAACAAGUGUCGCCUGCGUCUGUCUGUACCAGGAAAACCUGACAAGUCUGGUCGUCCAGUGAGCAUCAUGGUGGUCUUCAACACUCCCAGCCCCCUCAGUAAGAUCUCCUGGGUGAACCGGCUCCACCUCGCCAAGAUAGCUCAGAGACAGGAAAACACUCCGGGCUGGGAAAGUGCUGAAGAAGAUGGGAAGACAAAAGCUCCAUUUAGUUGUCCACUGUUGACCUGCAAACUUCCUGUGUCCUCCUCCAAAACACACACCCUGAAGCUGGAGGCAGCUCUUCACAGUCCGUCUCAGUCCAGCCUGCUCGGUUUCUGCACUGCCAGUACGUCCUUACCACAGGGUUACCUCUGGGUGGCUGGUGGAGGAGGCAGCUCCAACCAUGGCCAAGUGGAGAUCUUCUCCCUGAACCGAGCCACUCCUCGCCUGGUCAAGACCGUCCCACUGAGGGUCCCAGUCCUCUGUCUGGAGUAUGUGAAGGAGCCGUGUCCCAGCACAGAGGAGAAGGAGGCUGAGAAGACCCAGACCGCAGCCAAGAUAGGAAACAUCAUCUGUGCCGGCCUGCAGGACGGCAGCAUCCACGUGUACAGCAGCGUGGACACAGCUGUUCAGUGCCUGCUGACCUUGGUGAACCCUGACCGCAGUCCGGUCCUCAGCCUCAGACACUCGCUGUCUUUCCUCUUCGCUGGACUGGCCAACGGCAAAGUAGCCGUGUACCACAGAAAGACCGGAGAGAGACUGUGGGACCUGGACUCGUGCAGGCUGGUGCCUCUGGGCUCUCAGCCGGUCUGCAGUCUGCUGACACUUGAAGACGCUGUAUGGGCCAGCUGUGCCAACCAAGUCACCGUCAUCCAAGGAUCCAGCCUCUGCACACAGGGUUUCGAAGCCCACGCCGAUCCAGGCUGCAGUGUUAGCCACAUGGUUCGCUCAGGCGGGGGGGUUUGGAUGGCCUUCACCCAGGGCUCCUCCAUCCACCUGUUUCACACAGAGACCUUGGAACCACUGCAGGAAGUCAACAUCUCCACCCGCACCACCCAUCUGACACCAGGUCAGGUUUGUGUGUCCAGCCUGCUGAUCUGCCAGGGCCUGCUGUGGGUGGGGACCAGCCAGGGCAUCAUCCUCGCCUUCCCUGUGCCCACGCUGGAGGGCAUCCCCAAGAUCACAGGUAAAGGGAUGACGUCUCUGAACGCUCACUGUGGUCCGGUGGACUUCCUGGUGUCGACCUCCAGCACGCUGGCCUCCGACUUGCUCAGACGGGACUCCAUCCUCAACGGCGGCGAGGGCGGUGUUAACGGAGGAGGAGGGGGAGGUAAAGGUGAUGUGGGAGGAGAUGAAGGAGGGCAGAGGUUGGAGCAGAGCAGCUACCCCCAGGACUCCGGCGCUCCUCCACUGAGGGAGGAGAAGCCCAAGCGUCUCCUGCUGCAGUACCGCCUCCACUCCACCUGCCAGCUGCCCGGGAAGCUGCUGACAGCGCAGCUCGAACAGGGAAACCCGAGGGCCCCCCCAGACUCCCUGGAGCACAGCCCAGAGGACGGCUCCAUCUAUGAAGUGAGCGAGGACCCCGAUGUGUGGGUGAGGGGGCGGCCCGUGGACUGGGGGAAGGAGGGGGAGGCCAGGCGCAGCAAGGUCACCUCAACGGCCAUCUUCUCCGGGGGCAGAGGCCACCGCAGGAUCGGCCCGACGGCCUCAGCGGAGACCGGCUCAGACGCCACUGAAAACACUCUGCUGGUGUGGCAGCUCCCUCUGACUCUCAGCCAGUGACGGACGAGCAUGUCACCUGUGGUCCCAGUCUGUGGACGCCAACACCAGCUCACCCCCGAACAUGUCAGCUGGACUCUGAAGUCAAAGGAGCCUCUGGCGGCUUCGUGUUCCUCCGGUUUCCUCUUCAGGUGGACAGGUGAUGUCAGCACGCUAACGCCACAGGUAGCAUUACACCAGUAAUGUUGGACAUCAUGGAGACCAACAUUGUUCAGCUCUUUGUCCACAUGUGAUCAAACACCACGGCAUGAAUCUGUAUCAGCUCCUCACAUCCUCUCGGGGCUGCGUGUUCAACCGUUACUUAUUCGGACCACGACACCUGGCGGGAAUUCACAAACAGGCUCGUAGUUUGUGUCAUUUAAAGGAACACGGCAACCUUCUGGGACGCAGGAUUAUUCUCCUUUUUCUGAGCACGAUGAGAAUCAUUCUCAGGGCUCCCACGGAUCCUUGAAAAGUCUUAAAUCUACCUUGCCUUAAGCUGUGGGAGCCCUGGUUCAGUGCAGCGCUGGGGUCAGCUACAUGCUGGAACUAUUUCUUGACGAACAACAGCCGGCGCAGUGACUGCGUGCAGCCUCGGUGAGGUUUCCAGCACCAUCGCAGACACGCUGCGCAGAAGUGCUGGCGGAUGAUUAAACUGCCGUUUGUCAAGAAACCCUGUAGCUCCGGCCCACAACGCCCCUAAAGCCACAAACGGUUUUUACAUUUCAGUGUGCGUCCGGAUUAAACAAACAGAUACAAGAUGUUAGUCAGAGAGCUGUAGAGGUGUCAGAAAGUGUAUUAGCAAGGCUAGCUGUUCCCCCUGCUUCCAGUCCUUAUGCUAAGCUAGGCUAACUGAGUCUUUUGCUUCCUGUGAGGGUGUGAUGUGUUCCUCCUCGCGGCUCAACAUCCUGCUCUGCUGCUUUCUCUUUAAAACAGCUGCUGCAGCACUGACCUGGGGUCUGUGAGUCCUAACAACAGCACUUUGAACAUUUCGGUUUCAGAUUCAUGGCAGUUAUUUAAAACGUCUACGUGAACUCAGUUGUUGUAGAACUUCAGUGUCCAUGUUUAAAUCUGUUACAGUGAUUAACAGACAUUACAUUAUUGAUGUGCGCACCUUGACUCUUUACAUAACCCUGUGCAGAAACGGACGUGUAGACAGCGAUAAUACGUGCAGAGACGCUGCCGCGUGUCCCAUUUUAGGAUCAAUGUGAACCAAUCCGAAUAUUCUGAGGACAACGCCGAAGGUUGUCAGAAUAAAGUUGUAAUUUUAAGAGAAAGUCAUAAUAUUGCAGUUUUUCUUAAAAUGGAGUUCUGCUAAGUUCUGAUUUUAGUCAUAAAAACACAAUUUAUUUCAAAUAUUUGUAACAUUAUGACUUUCCUUUCUGCUCCGUCGUAGAAAUCUGACCGAAAGCACCGAACCCGGCUGGACUCGCGAGUCCUCCUCUGCAGAGUCCUUUCAGCCCGAACUGAGACACAAACACAACAUGUCUGUAUUACAAAAUGUAUUUAUUUUGUUAUCAAAUGAUGUAAUAUUGUAAUUUUAAUAUUUUACUUGUUUUUGUCAGCAUGUAUUUGAUACUUUACACUCUUAAAAGAGUUAUUUUACAGUUUGUUUACAGAUUGUAUUACUACAUGUUGUAUGUCCACGGUACGUCCACAGCUCUUUGUCCUCCUGCUGUGCUCGGUGCCUCUACUGGACAGGUUGUGAAACUACAGGAGUGGUAAUAUUACUGUGAAGAAGUUGCCAGAGUCAGGUCGAUUCUUCAUUUUCACCUGCGUUGCUUCACCUGCAUGGCAGAAACGUUGCAGCCAUGUUGGACGCAGCCGGUCUCAGAGUUUAGUGGUACAUUUUACACCGGCACUUUUAAAUACAAUAAAAUUACAGAUGUUUUUCCA